AACCAUGACAAAAUUCUUGUUUCGCGUCGGAACACUAUUCAUGAGCGACCGUGAGGGAAACAUGGCGGCGGCCAUGGUGCAGCUCUCUUGUUUGUACCGAGGAAUGAUAGCGGUCAGGGCGACGGGCAUCAGACCGGGUAUUCCUGGCCUGGUACCGCAACAAUUUAGAGCCUUUUCGGUGAAGAAGCCGGAACCAGAGCUGGAUGAAAAUCCAUAUUAUAGUAAAUAUGAAGAGAAGAUACGGAAGCUUCGAAGUGCCAAACCGCAAGAGUUUAAUGCCAGACUGGAGAAACGGGCCGAGAGGAAGCCAGAACCAAUGGGACAUUCAAAACAAGCCGAAUUCGUGAAACACAUGGAAGAUGAGGCAGAGAGACAGAGGAAAUUGAAGGGAGAUUCUGCCGGCUUCACCAAGGAUAAGACUCUUUCAUCCAUUCUCAACCUUGAAAUGGUUACAGACAUGUCUGCAGAAGAAAUAGGAAAACUCUGGAUGCAAUAUUUUUCAACAAAGGAUACCAUAAGUGCAGUGAUUCCAAGGGCAGCAUUUGAACUGAUACAUGGGCGGGCCAAAACUUGCCCAACUUUCCUGUAUGCUGUGCCACAGCAAGAAGGAUAUGAAUUUUUCGUCGGCCAGUGGGCUGGGAACGAGCUUCAUUUCAGCUCUCUAAUUAAUGUGCAGACUCAUGGUGAGACUGCUCCCAGUCAGUUGAUCCUCUACCACUACACAGACCUAAUGGAAGACAAGGGGAUCGUCCUCAUGACUGCAGAAUUGGAUACUAAAUUUGUCGGUGUUCAUCAAUCCCAGUGUUUGGCCAAUCAGGUGCAGCUGUUUUAUGGUUCCCAGCGACAGGAGACCUUCCAAUUGGUGGAGACCUUCAACCACAAACCUUCCGAUUUCAAGCACAUGUCUGUGAUUGCGGAACUGGAGCAAAGUGGCAUCGGGUCGAGCACGUUGACCUAAAUGGACACUGAACAGAGACUGUUCUUCUUUGAGGAAGAAUAAAGUGUGGAUGGUGGAUGACUGAGUGUUCGAUGGUUUUGAACUUUUAGGCUCACUGAAAAGAGGUUAAUGGUUUUGAAAGUCAUGUUGGACUGAUUUGUUCUGAGUGCAGUAUUGUAAUAAAUUCUACAGAUAACACAACUGUAAACAUGCUAUCCUGAAGUAGCUGCACUCAUCCUGGAUUUAAUAUCUCCCGUUAGCCAAGUCAAUUUCAUUUCAUUCAUCAGAUCAGAUCCUCACCAGCCUGAAAGGUGUCUUGAGUCUGAGGACACUCAACCAUUACAUUACUAUUUGGAAACAUUGUCUUUCAUGUUGUGAUCAGUGUCUCUUGAACCUGAGGUGGGUGUGAGCUGUGCUUUUUGAAAAUUGCCCAGCCCUGCAAUAUGUCGAGUGUUGUUCUCUUGCAACAUCACACUAAUAAAGUAGCCUACUGUAAUAUUAA